CCAUGAAAGUUUAAAUGAGGGAUGUUCAUUGGAUCGACUGUGAGCUGUACUGUGAGCAAUCGUGUCGCUGAACUCGUACGUGGUGGUAUACUGGAUUGUGAUCGUUGCGUGUACAUUUUCUUUUGCGUUCGAGUGAAGUAAAUAAUGAGUGAGCAAAAAGGUGGUGAAGAUUUGGCAACAGCGAUCCUUCGAAAGAAGGACAAGCCAAACAGGUUGCUAGUCGACGAAGCAAUCGCCGAUGACAACUCUGUGGUUGCUCUUUCGCAAACAAAAAUGGACGAACUGCAGCUUUUCAGAGGUGAUACGGUGCUGCUAAAAGGGAAAAGGCGUAAAGAAACAGUAUGCAUCGUUCUCUCCGACGACACGUGUCCCGAUGAGAAAAUUCGCAUGAAUCGCGUCAUAAGAAACAAUCUGCGCGUACGUUUGAGCGAUGUCGUCUCCGUGCACGCUUGUCCGGAUGUUAAAUAUGGAAAACGUAUUCACGUACUGCCAAUGGAUGACACAAUAACCGGUCUCGCAGGAAACUUGUUUGAAGUAUAUUUGAAACCAUACUUUUUGGAAGCGUAUCGUCCCAUUCAUAAAGAUGAUAAUUUCAUUGUACGCGGUGGUAUGCGUGCCGUAGAAUUUAAAGUAGUUGAAACAGAUCCUGGACCAUUUUGUAUUGUAGCUCCUGAUACAGUUAUUCAUUGCGAAGGCGAUCCUAUUAAAAGAGAGGAGGAAGAGGAGGCCUUGAACGCAGUGGGCUACGACGAUAUUGGUGGUGUUCGCAAGCAGUUAGCUCAGAUUAAGGAAAUGGUAGAGUUACCUUUGCGACACCCAUCUUUAUUCAAAGCUAUAGGAGUUAAACCACCGCGUGGUAUUCUGUUGUACGGCCCCCCUGGCACAGGGAAAACACUUAUUGCUCGUGCUGUGGCAAACGAAACGGGAGCAUUCUUCUUUCUCAUUAAUGGUCCUGAAAUAAUGAGUAAACUCGCUGGGGAAUCGGAGAGCAACCUGCGAAAAGCGUUCGAGGAAGCCGAGAAGAACUCGCCAGCUAUAAUUUUUAUCGACGAACUCGACGCUAUCGCUCCGAAGAGAGAGAAGACACACGGAGAGGUGGAGAGACGUAUCGUGUCCCAAUUGCUAACUUUGAUGGACGGCAUGAAGCAAAGCUCUCACGUUAUCGUUAUGGCUGCUACCAAUCGGCCCAACAGCAUCGACGGAGCACUGCGCCGCUUUGGAAGAUUCGACAAAGAAAUCGAUAUCGGGAUACCGGAUGCCACUGGUCGUCUGGAAAUUUUAAGAAUUCACACGAAGAACAUGAAGCUCGCGGACGACGUUGAGCUGGAGGAGAUCGCACAAGAGACGCACGGUCACGUCGGAGCGGAUUUGGCUUCGCUGUGUUCCGAGUCAGCCCUCCAACAAAUUCGCGAGAAAAUGGAUCUCAUUGAUUUGGAGGACGAUCACAUAGACGCCGAGGUCUUAUCUUCCCUUGCCGUUACCAUGGACAACUUCAAGUACGCGAUGAGCAAGAGCACCCCGAGCGCUCUGCGCGAAACCAUCGUGGAAGUUCCAACUGUUACAUGGGACGACAUCGGAGGCUUGCAAAACGUCAAGAUGGAACUGCAGGAGCUGGUUCAAUACCCGGUCGAGCAUCCUGAGAAGUUCUUGAAGUUUGGCAUGCAACCGUCGAGAGGCGUGUUGUUCUACGGACCCCCUGGCUGCGGUAAGACGCUGCUGGCUAAAGCGAUAGCCAACGAAUGCCAGGCCAACUUCAUCUCCGUGAAGGGUCCAGAAUUGUUAACCAUGUGGUUCGGCGAGUCCGAGGCCAACGUCAGAGACGUUUUCGACAAGGCAAGGUCAGCAGCUCCUUGCGUGUUGUUCUUCGACGAGCUCGACUCCAUCGCAAAAUCUCGAGGAGGCACCGUGGGAGACGCUGGCGGAGCUGCGGACCGCGUCAUCAAUCAGAUAUUAACGGAAAUGGAUGGAAUGGGCGCGAAGAAGAACGUGUUCAUUAUCGGAGCCACCAAUCGUCCUGAUAUCAUCGAUCCUGCCAUUCUCCGACCUGGCAGGCUAGAUCAGUUAAUCUACAUACCGUUGCCAGACGAGAAGUCGCGCGAGUCCAUCUUCAAAGCCAAUCUCCGAAAAUCACCCGUAGCCAAGGACGUAGAUCUAAGCUAUAUAGCUAAAGUGACGCAUGGUUUCUCCGGCGCUGACAUAACAGAGAUCUGCCAACGUGCGUGUAAACUCGCUAUAAGACAAAGCAUCGAAACCGAAAUUCGAAGAGAAAAGGAACGCACCAACAAUCCAACCGCAUCGAUGGACAUGGACGAGGACGAUCCCGUGCCAGAGAUAACCAGGGCUCACUUCGAAGAGGCGAUGAGGUUCGCGCGACGCUCGGUGUCCGAUAACGAUAUACGAAAAUACGAAAUGUUCGCGCAGACCCUUCAGCAGUCUCGUGGAUUCGGGACCAAUUUCAGAUUUCCGCAAAGCGGUACCAGCGGUACACAAGAUGCGACGCAAGGCGAUCAAACCUUUCAAGACGAUGGUGACGAUGAUCUUUACAGCUAAGUCUUCGUGUCUUUGUACCUCAACGCAGUGAGCAUACGACAAAAGGGCCUGUUUCUGUUUUAAUAAAGAACACUUUCGUGUACGAGGACACAAGGUUUGCGGAGAAGUGAUUCCAUGAAAAUUUAACAACGCGAAAAUAUAUUAAUUGUAUCUAAUUUAUUCGUUGAUGUUCCAUGUAAGUAUACGCGAUAUCUUAUGUAUAUAAUUGGGGCAGAUUUGAAGUUAGCUAAGAAUAAAUAUGUAAACCGAUUUUCACGUUUUAUAACGAUAUCGAGAUUGUUUAUUAAAAUUAUUUAAAUUCA